GAACUUCACGAACACAUUGCUGGGUUUUCACGUGACGUCACAUGCAGUGGGCGGGGCGUCACUGGGAAUCAGGAACAAUCUACAUGAUUGUAUUUGCUAAUGCUCCUGCCUAGUGCAUUCAUCUUCUUAUAUCUUUCCACCUAAAAGAAAUGCCAACAUGGGCUCUACAUGUGAAAUGAACGCCGCGGUGAGUGUUUGGAGAAGACUGCCUCUGUUUGUUUUGGCGAGCUCCCUCUGCUUGUGCCUGAGCAGAGCUGAAGACAGUGCGAUGGAGAACAUCGUGACAGAGAAGAAAGCUGAGGAAAGCCACAGACAAGACAGUGCCGACCUGCUGAUCUUUAUCCUGCUCCUCACCCUGACAAUCUUGACCAUAUGGUUGUUCAAACACCGCCGGUUCAGGUUUCUGCACGAGACUGGACUGGCAAUGAUAUAUGGGUUGCUUGUUGGUGUCGUCCUGCGUUAUGCCAUUCAUGUGCCCAGCAACAUGAACAAUGUUACACUGAGCUGUAAUGUCAAUGCCAGUCCUGCCACACUGCUGAUGAAUGUCAGUGGUAAGUUUUAUGAGUACACACUGAAAGGAGAGAUCGGAGCCAAUGAAGUCAAUGACAUUCAGGACAACGAGAUGCUUCGCAAGGUGACCUUUGACCCAGAGGUCUUCUUCAAUAUUCUCUUGCCCCCCAUAAUUUUUCAUGCUGGAUACAGUUUAAAACGAAGACAUUUCUUCAGGAACUUGGGAUCCAUUCUUGUCUAUGCAUUUGUGGGAACCGUAGUGUCUUGUUUCAUCAUUGGGUUGUUAAUGUAUGGUUGUGUGACGCUGAUGAAGCAAAUUGGCCAGCUGGGAGGUGACUUCUUCUUCACUGAUUGCCUUUUCUUUGGUGCCAUUGUCUCAGCCACUGACCCAGUAACAGUUCUGGCCAUCUUCAAUGAGCUGCACGUGGAUUCUGACCUGUACGCUCUGCUGUUUGGAGAAAGUGUCCUGAAUGAUGCCGUCGCUGUCGUACUGUCCUCGUCAAUUGUAGCAUAUCAGCCUGAGGGAGACAACACUCACACGUUUGAAGCCAUGGCCAUGCUGAAGUCCUUUGGCAUCUUCCUGGGGGUCUUCAGUGGUUCUUUUGCUCUUGGAGUGGCAACUGGAGUCGUGACUGCAUUGGUUACUAAGUUCACUAAGCUUAGGGACUUGCCAUUGCUGGAGACGGCACUGUUCUUCCUCAUGUCCUGGAGCACAUUCCUACUCGCCGAGGCAUGUGGAUUUACAGGUGUGGUGGCGGUUCUGUUCUGUGGAAUGACACAGGCUCAUUACACCUUUAACAACCUGUCUCCUGAAUCUCAGGACAGGACGAAACAAUUAUUCGAGUUACUGAAUUUCCUAGCUGAGAACUUCAUAUUUUCCUACAUGGGCUUGACAUUGUUUACCUUCCAGAACCAUGUCUUCAACCCGAUCUUCAUAGUGGGUGCAUUCCUGGCUGUGUUUCUGGGCAGAGCUGCGAACAUCUACCCCCUCUCCUUCCUGUUGAACUUGGGCCGCAAAAACAAGAUCAGCCCCAACUUCCAGCACAUGAUGAUGUUUGCAGGUCUUCGUGGCGCCAUGACUUUUGCCCUGUCUAUCAGAGACACAGCCACAUAUGCACGGCAGAUGAUGUUCUCCACCACGCUGCUGGUGGUUUUCUUCACCGUUUGGAUCUGCGGUGGAGGCACAACUCAGAUGCUGUCCUGCCAGAAAAUCCGUGUUGGAGUGGAUGCAGAUCAGGAGAACACUAUCGGCCCUGAUGGAGUGGAGUGUAGGAGCACCAAACAUGAGAGCGCCUGGCCCUUCAGGAUCUGGUAUAACUUUGAUCACAAUUAUCUGAAGCCCAUUCUGACUCACAGCGGACCACCGCUCACUGCCACACUUCCUACCUGCUGUGGCCCUCUGGCACGCUGCCUCACCAGCCCACAGGCAUAUGAGAAUGAGGGUCAGCUGAAAGACGACGACUCCGACCUGAUCCUGAAUGACGGUGACAUCAAUCUGACGUACGGUGACAUCACCGUGAGCACAGAUGCUACGGGUGCCCACACGAGCGGUACGGCCGUCGGAGGAGUGGCCGUGAACUCUGACGAAGCUCUGGAUCGAGAGUUGGCAUUCGGCGACCAUGAGCUGGUGAUCCGAGGCACCCGACUGGUCCUGCCCAUGGAUGAUUCGGAGCCCCCGCUGCCUCUUGACUCCCACCGCCACCGGCACAAGUACGAAACGAUGAGUUGAACGGGGCAAGCGGUGACCGAACGAGUCUCUCUUCUCUCUAUCAUCUCUCAUCCGGAGCGAUCUCUCUCAGCACCUCUCCUGUCUCUGAAGUGGCUGGUUUGAUGUCUCUACCUCAUUCGUCCCUCUUUCUUUUACAUCAUCACAGA